AUGGCCAACGAACAAAACAAAAGUACAAAAACUAAUAUUCAAACUCGUCAUCCAUUAGAACCUUUAUCACUUUCGGAAAUCGAACUUACUGUCAAUGUUUUAAAAAAACAAUCUGAUAAAGUCACACCAACAACACGUUUUGUAUCUAUUACUUUACAUGAAGCACCAAAAGAAAAAAUACUUAAUAAAUCUAAUGAAAAAAUUUCACGUGAAGCUGAUGUUAUUCUAUUUGAUAAUGGUACAAAUUCAUGUUAUGAAGCACAUGUCUCACUUGAAAAUGAAGGUCAUCUUAUUUCAUUUGAACAUAUACCUAAUGUUCAACCAACAAUGACAGUUGAUGAACAAGUUGAAUGUGAACAAGCUGUACUUCGAUCAGUUGAAUUUCAAGAAUUAAUACGUAAACAUUAUGGUAUUGAUGAUGUUAAUCGAGUUAUGGUUGAUAUAUGGUCAAGUGGAUAUUUUGGACAAGAAGAAGAACGAACACGUCGUUUAGCGAGACCUUUAUGUUUUGUACGAUCAGAUCCAACUGAUAAUGGAUAUACACAUCCUAUUGAAGGUUUAAGACCUGUUGUUGAUCUUAAUUUAAUGGAAGUUAUUCGUAUUGAAAUAUAUAAUCAUUAUCCAAUUCCUUAUCUGAAUUUUAAUUAUACAGCAGAUCGAGUAGGAAAAGUUCGUGAUGAUAUUCGACCAUUAGAUAUUAUUCAACCUGAAGGUCCAAGUUUUCAAAUUAAUGGUAAUCAAGUAUCGUGGCAAAAAUGGUCAUUUGUUGUUGGUUUUACAAUGCGUGAAGGUUUAGUUCUUCAUCAUUUAACUUAUGAUAAUCGAUCAGUUUUAUAUCGAGCUGGAUUAAGCGAAAUGGUUGUACCUUAUGGUGAUCCAGCUGAACAACAAGCACGAAAAAAUGCAUUUGAUUGUGGUGAAUAUGGUGUAGGUUGUUGUACAAAUAGUCUUGAACUUGGUUGUGAUUGUCUUGGGUAUAUAAAAUACUUCGAUGCAAAUAUGUGUACAAGUCGAGGAGAAUUAUUAGUUAUUAAAAAUGCUAUUUGUCUUCAUGAAGAAGAUGUUGGAAUUCUAUGGAAACAUACAGAUCGACGAUUAAAUAAUCCUGAAGUACGACGAAGUAGACGAUUGGUUAUUUCAAGUAUUGCAACUAUUGAAAACUAUGAAUAUGGUUUCUUUUGGUAUUUAUAUCAAGAUGCCAGUAUUCAUUUUGACGUAAUAAUGACUGGCAUUCUAUCAUUAGGUGCAGUUCCACCAGAUCAAAAAUCUCCAUAUGGUUCAAUAAUUGCUCCACAAUUAUUUGCACCAUAUCAUCAACACUUUUUUAAUGUACGUUUAGAUUUAGCUAUUGAUGGAAUAAAUAAUACAGCAUAUAUGGUUGAAGCUGAAGCUGAUCCAGAUGAUGCUGAAUAUAAUCAAUUCCAUAAUGCAUUUCAUAUAAAUAAAAUACGACUUGAUACUGAAAAACAAGCAAGAAAUAAUUUAUGUUUAGAAAAAUCUCGUUGUUGGAUAUUUGAAAAUAAUUCUACUCAUAAUGCUAUUGGUCAACCAACAGCUUAUAAAUUAUAUCCAGGUGAAAAUUGUAUACCAAUGAGUUCAAAAAAAGCUUGGUGGCGUAAACGUGCUAGUUUCGUUGAUUAUCAUGUAUGGGUAACACCAUUCGAUGAAAAAGAAAUGUUUGGAUCAGGAAAUUAUCCAAAUCAAAGUCAAUCUGAUAUUGGUUUAUUAAAAUAUACGGAACAAGAUCGAUCAAUUGUCGAUAAAGAUAUUGUUCUUUGGUAUACAUUUGGUGUAAUACAUAUACCAAGACAAGAAGAUUUUCCUGUUAUGCCUGUUGUUAAAGGUGGAUUUACUCUUAAACCAAAUGGAUUUUUUGAUAUAAAUCCAGCAAGUGAUAUUCCUAAACCGAUGAAAAAAACCGAUGAAACAUGUUGCAAAAAAUAA